CAAUUAAUCGAUUGGUCGAAAGACGACUUUAAGAUUCCUAAAAAGCACAUUGUAAACAAUAAAAUAAACAAAUAUGUUUGUUUUGGCAGAGCUUAAGGAUACGGUGCGCAUAGCACCAGAACAAUUUAAUCUAAAGUUGCUAGACGCCAUAAGCGAUGAAAUCAAUCGAAAGCUGGCCAAUAAGGUCCUUUUAAAUGUUGGUCUUUGUAUAGCCUUAAAGGAUAUUGUGUCUCUGAAAGACUCCAUUAUACUGCCGGGCGAUGGCGCCUCCCAUACAGAAGUCAUUUUUCGCUACAUAGUAUUCCGUCCCGCCAUCAGCAACAUAUUGACGGGAAAAAUACGAAGCUGCAGUCAUGAGGGCGUUCAUGUUACUUUGGGCUUCUUUGAUGAUAUUCUAAUACCACCUACGGCAUUGCAACAUCCUUCUCGCUUUGAUGAGACAGAACAGGCUUGGGUAUGGGAGUAUCCCUUGGACGAUGGGGGAAAACAUGACUUAUUUAUGGACAUUGGAGAACCUAUAAAAUUUCGGGUAUCAAGAGAAAUGUUUGAAGAAAGUUCUCCAAUUGGACCGCCAAAAAAUGACAACAUGAAACCAGGAACCUCGGCGGCAACUACAUCCACAACUGCAGGUCAGAGUGGGGAGUCAAAAACACCAUAUCGCAUUAUUGGUGCCAUAAAUGAGUCUGGUUUAGGAGUAUUAUCGUGGUGGGAUCAACAGCAACAGGAGGAUGAUGAAGCGGGUGAGGAAGAGGGCGAGGAAGACAAUAAUGACUAUGAAAACGAUGAAAAUGGCGAGGGUGCCUAUGAGGAGUGAAGACCAAUAAAACUUAAAUAUUGAAAUAAGAAAAAGACUUUUUAAGAAAAUGAGAUAAAACACAAAUAAGGCAAAAAUAACCAAAAA